ACCUGAGACAUGCAACUUACAUCAAGAGAGUAACAAGAAUAGCUGGUGAUCUGGUAUACGACUGUACAACAGACAGUUCAGAAAACCAGAGCAUUCUGCAUUACUUUCACUCUGAAGAAUUACAAAAAAAGGAAAAUGGAAAACGGUUGUGGCAAUUACGAGCAAGAAUCAUUGGUCGUGGAGCUAAACCAGGGGGUAGCGCUAGCUAAACAGCUAAAGGCUCAAAUGAGUUCAGAAAUACUUGCAGGUGAAACUAAAGGAAUGUUGGCAGAACGGAUACAUUCUUGCCUUGAGAAGGCUCUUUUGAUUCUGAGAUUGGGUGGGUCAAUGGAACAGUUUCACCAGCAUUUAGUCCCAUCAACCACGGCCCCUGAAUCACCACUUUCGGUCAUUGGAAGUCCUAAGAGUGAAGAUUUGAACCCUGGGAUUCAUGUUCAACAAGAUAGCAUAGAGCUGUCAAAAAAAAGAAAGAUGAUGCCAACUUGGACAGACCAAGUCAGGGCAUGCUCUGAGAAUGCAGCCGAAGGGCCACCCGAGGACGGGUAUAGCUGGAGGAAGUAUGGUCAGAAAGAUAUACUCGGAGCCAAACACCCCAGAAGCUACUACAGAUGCACGUACCGGAACAUUCAAGGCUGUUACGCUACCAAACAGGUGCAACGAAAUGAUGAAGAUCCCAUGCAAUUCAACGUCACCUAUAAGGGAACUCAUACUUGUACACUAGCCCCACGUUCAAAGUCUGCACCAACAUCACCACAAAAACAAGAACGCAACAAACAAAGCAAUUUUCCCAUCAUGCACUACCAGCAGCCGCCCGAUAUGCUGCUAAAUUUUCAGACAGGGCUGAGAGUUGACAUUCAGAGCUUAGAAAAUCAAGAGACAGGAUUUUUCUUUCCAACAAGAGAUUUUGGAUAUGAAAACCAUGCCUUUACACCGUCAACAGUCCAUAACAGUCACCCUAGUAACAGUUUUCCUCAGUCGUUCAUUCAAUCACCAGCCACCUCGGAAUCAACUUAUUUCUCCACAUCACCUUGCAAGGUCAGCACCUUUGGAGGAGUUAACUAUGGACAACAUUUUGAAUCAGAUAUUACAGAAAUAAUUUCAGCUACUACUUCAGGAACCAACUCCCCAAUAAUAGGCAUUGAUUAUUCAAUGGAUCCAUGGGAGGGUUUUCUGUCUGAUAACCAGGCAUUUCCUAACAGCUUCUCUCAAGCUAAAGAAUAAUGUCAUCAACAGCAAGAAAACAAUCCAACAUGUAAUCCCAUGGUUGGCUAUUUUUGGGAAAGUUCAAUUUGAGCAUUUCAUUUAAUUAGACAAGACAGGCAGAGAGGAUAAACAAUAGAAUCAUUAUUUACUUGUAAAUUAUCAGAGAACUAGCAUCUAGGAAACAAACGGGGUUAGUACCUGAUAUAACAAAAUAGGGGGAAGCUUGUCCUAGGUUUAUAGGGAGUCAGUGGUACAAGCAAAGAGCUUCAUGCUAGUUGACGACAAUUUAAUUAUUUAGUUUUUUUUUUCUCCUUCCCUUGUAACCUACUCCGUAAAUUCUUUAGUUAACUAAAACAGCCCUUCAGUCAAUUUUUAUGAAAACAGAGUGAAUAUUGCAUUACAGAAAAGUAUCUUACCUUCAAUUCGCUUCCUUUUUUUAGUAAGACAGAUGAUGUCUAGUUCAAGCCUUACAAAGUCCUUGCUCUAUCCAAAGGCUUACUCCUGUAUGAAACAAAAAUUUUGCAAUGUCUCGGAAAUAUUUCACAUUUCCAAAAUCAAAAGUAGUUUAUGAUUGAAUUCUCUAGCUAACCCCAGCUUACAUUUUAUGGUGGAAACUUUCCAGAGAGAAUGGGAAGUUUACAACUAUGACAAAUGUUGGACAAUGUUACAGCUAAAUUUGAACAAAGAGAGUAGUUGUUUAAUGUUUGAGUAUUUGUUAACUAUAAUUUUGGUAUUUAUUUAAGACAAACAAAAUUGCACAGGUACUCUAGAUGACAAGUAACAUAAAACUUUUUUUGAGGAAACAAGUAAUAUAAAACUUAAGUGACUAGAAUUAUGUAUGAAAACAAAUUAGUACUAAGCCAUAGCUUACGAACCUAGGACUAUGUUCUCUUCUUAAUAUAGGAAGUUAUUACUAGUGCUUAUUAUUAACAUCUCCGGCCAUGUCAGACCAA